CCCCUUUUCUGUCUUUUCGCUCUUCUUUCUAUUCAUUUGCUGCUGUUGUCUCUAGGGAGGCGCAGAGUGGCAUAACCCAGAGCCCGAACCGCAAACUCAGACAGGAUCUGGGUUCAAAUCCUGGAGCGGGGGUGGGGAGGUGGAGAGGGUGUGCUGAGCCCUCCUUGCCUCUCUUCUGCACAGUGCCCCGGGGAAGAGAUGACUUGGAUGGGUAGUGGCAGGUGCUGCUGUCUCGGGCCCGGCUCCAGAAGGACAACCCGAGCAGCGUUUCCGCUGCCGAGAUGUGCGGGCGGGCUUCCAGGAAGGGGGCAGUUGGCCUCUCAGCUGGACAGCCAGUGUCCCCAACACAGUGGCCACGGGGAGCAGGCCAGUGAUGGGAGCUGCGUGAAGCGAGCAGCCCGGCCAGCCAGCACCGAGGCCCUGGGAACUGUAAGGCCUUGUGCUAAAGUGCGCCAGGACGCCUGUGCCCUCGGGCCCCAGCCGCAUUCGCUUCCGGAGGCAGCCCUGCAUGUAGGGACACGGGAUGUGUUCAUGCCCUACACACCAGAACCUGGGAGCUCCUAUCCACCGAAAUGCAGGACGAGAGAGUACUACGAGAGCACAGCUGGGUUGUGCUGCAGCAAGUGUCCGCCUGGCCAGCAUUUGAAAGCCCUCUGCACGAAGACCUCGGACACCCUGUGUGCCCCUUGUGAGGACAGCACAUACACCCAGAUCUGGAACUGGGUCUUAACGUGCUUUAGCUGCGGCGCGCCCUGCAGCUUGGACCAGGUGGAGACUCAGGCGUGCACCCCGCAACGGAACCGCGUUUGCAGCUGCAAGCCGGGUCGGUUCUGCAUGCUUGGGAUGCAGGACGGCUGCCGGCAGUGCAGACCUCUCCGCAAGUGUUCUCCCGGCUAUGGCGUGGUCAGGCUAGGCACUGCGACCUCAGAUGUGCUUUGUGCAGCCUGUGCCCCAGGCACGUUCUCCGACACCUUGUCCUCCACAGAUGCCUGCAGGCCCCACCGCAACUGUAGCACUGUGGCCAUCCCCGGGAAUGCAACAGUGGAUGCAGUCUGCGCGUCUGUGCCCCCUACCCUGGGAGCUGCCCCGGGUCCAGCCCGCACACCCCGAUCUGUGUCCCCAAGAGCCCAACCUGGGAAGCCCACUCCAGGGCUUAGUACAGUUCCCAGCACCGCCCCUCUGCUCCCCGUGGGCUUCGAGCUCCCGACCGGAAAGAGCAAGAAUGGCCUUUCCCUUCCAAUCGGACUGAUCGUGGGUCUGACGGCCCUGGGGCUACUGAUCAUCGGACUGGUGAACUGUGUCAUCGUGACCCAGAGAAAAAAGAAACCCUCCUGCCUACAGCGAGAAGCCAAAGUGCCUCACGUGCCUGUGGAUAAGAUCCGGGGUGUGACCGGCACGGAGCAGCAGCUACUGCUCACUGCAGCACCCAGCUCCAGUUUCAGCUCCCUGGAGAGCUCGGCCAGUGCCACGGGCACCAGCACGGACAAGACCAAGGCGUCUGGGGAGACCGGGGCCAGCCCCGGGACAUCAGAGUCUCAGCCUGGGGGCCAUGGGACCCAGGUCAACGUCACCUGUAUCGUGAAUGUCUGCAGCAGCUCUGAGCACAGCCCACGGUGCCCUUCCCAAGCCAGCGCCACAACGGAGGAUGUAGACACCAGCCCCUCAGGCUGCCCGAAGGAUGAGCAGGUCCCCUUCUCCCAGGAGGAGCGCCCCUUUCAGUCCCUGCGGGAGACCCCAGAGACUUUGCUACAGAGCCUGGAGAAGUCCCUGCCCCUUGGUGUGCUCGACCAGGGCAUGAAGCUUGGUUAACAGGGCUGCCAUGGGCCAUGUCACAGCCGGAGAGGGCUGAGCCCUGACAGGGCCACUCCAUUCCCUUCAGGCCCCUGUCCUCACAGGCAUCUGUGGUUAUUUCCAGGUCAGGUUACUACUACAAUGGUGGGAAAACCCCACUAUCAUGGUGCAAGUCCUUCAUGGGAGGUGGCUGGCAUGAACCUGCGGGACAUGUUCUUGUUACCUGAACCUGACCCCAGCUGGACCUGCAUGUUUGACUUCUCGAGCCCCUGGUGGCUGGCCCCUCCCCUGACUCUGAGCUGACUCUGGCUUUCCAGAGGCCACAGUAUCCGUCCCUUCUGUCAGGCUUGCUAAGAAGGAGAGACACUGUGUGCCACCCUUGGAGAAAGGACAGCGCUUCUGCCUGGAUGCAGAGACCGCAGGAUGGCCCUUUGGAGAGGAGACUGCUGGUCACAGGGUCUGUGGGGAGGAGGAAGUGGCAGCCCUGUAGGGGCCACAGAUUCCUUGGAUUAGUUCAGGGCGGCUGGAAGGUAGCACCUCCAGACCCCGUACAGCUUGUUCUUCUGUACCUGGUGUGAAAAUCUGGGCCCAGGCAACAAGUGUUUUUACUCCAUGCUACAGCCAAGGGGGCAGAUCUUGGACCUAGUGUGUGUGUGUGUGUGUGUGUGUGUGUGUGUAUGUGUCUUGGGUAAAGCAUGUGCUCAGCAUGCUCGGUGCUCUGGUCCAAUCCCUACGCCCCUGAAAAUGUGAGCGCCGUGCAGGUCAACAAGGCAACAGAACCAAGGCAUGGUGGUGCACGCCAAUGAUCCUGAGACUGUCUCCAGAAAACCAACACAGCCAGCCCCUCUGAUGCCCUUGGCGCCCACCACCACCACCUUUGACUUUCACUGCAAAGUACCCAAAGCUCCCACCACCCCGCUCCCACGUAUGGCCAGUGGCUCGAAGGCAACACCCUGGACUUCAGAACUGGGGAGGUCUCAGGCCUCUGCAGCCACCUUCUCCUACCUCAGCCUGGACCGACCCGCAACCUCCCACCCCAACAUCCCUGCCCCAGGGCAGCCAAAGAGCCCUUUUGGUACUGUGCCAGUGAUGAUGCCCAGCACAUGUGAGAAGCCAAGCGCCAGGCGUCCGUGUCUGUUGUGUGCCGCGGGGUCUGCAUAGUGGAUGCCGUCCCCAGGCAGCUGAAGCCAGCCCUUCCCCACUGGCGAGGCCGGAGCACGGGCAACUGUGACCUGAUUUCAGAAAGCAGGGUUUGGGGACCCCUGGAAAGGCCUGUUCAGUCUCAGGUACUUGGAUCCUUGUUAAUCAGUUCCACUGGACUUGAACUUGGCAGCUGAACUGUGGUGGGGGAGGAGAGCCUUCCGGUGACCACAAAGACCCACAGGGCUUUCUGCCCCUGGUCCAGAUCAAGGUGUCAGACGCCAGCCCUGCCAGGUCUCUGCCUGCCUGGACCCUGGGCAGCGACGGCGCGCGUCCGCCCCCUGGUGGACAGUCUGGAGAGCCCCGAAGGUCUCUGGGUCUAAGUGCAGCUCCCCUGCUUGUGCUGAUCAGGAUGAUGAGUUUGCACUGUUUGUUGGGCAGCAUUCUGAGUUAUUAAUAAAUUUUCUUUGUGUUA